AUGGUUAAUUAUAAUACCCCCGUUCUAGAUGGAGACUCUGCUGCAGCAGAAGCAGCAAGACAGCAGCAGCAGCAGCAGCAGCGGAAGCAGCAGCAGCGCGAGAAGCAGCUGCGUCUGCUGCAAGAGUGGGAGAAGAACAAACCUCCGCUGCCUCCGCCGCAGAAACGCCAUGGAGAUGUUCAGCUCAAACGCAGCGGUUAG